AUGUCUAUUUCGCUCAAAUUUAACGAAAACGAUAUGAGAGAGAAUAAUGAGGAACAGCAAAAUAUAGACUUAAUCGCUUUCAAACGUUGGCUUGCAAUGCAAUCGUGCAUCGGCUUUAAGAAUGGUAUUGGCUAUAUAGAUGCAGAACACCAUCCUACUAAAGUGGAUAUUAUGUUCAAUAAAACAAUAAGGUUGUUGGUUGCCAAUAUUACAGAACGGGGCAAUACUUUUUUGGUUACUGAAGACGUUGAGAUAUAUGUAUGGAACGAUGCGAUUGUAAAAACUGCAUUCUAUCUUGAUGAUGAAUCUACAGACGAUGAGAUUGAAAAUGAGAUUAUGGCAAAUUUUGAAAAGCCCUCACGUAUAUGUUAUAUUUCCCAUAAGAUUGAUUGGAGUAACACAAGAAUUGUAAAAGCUGCAACUAGCAUGAAUAAUUUUCUCGCUUUGACUGAUGAUGGCAAAGUAUGUUACACAAACGUUUCGAAACAGGGAAAAUAUUACAAUAUGCAUCAAGUCGAUAUCAAUGAGAAGAUUACGUGCAUGAGUUGCGGAACUAAUUUUUAUGUGGUAGUUACGGAUAACUGCAGAACGUUCAGUUGGGGGAUAUACACAAUUUUGUGCGGGGAAUUGAGUUUGAGUACUUCUUCUCAAAUUUUAGACGAAUUUCCUUUCAUAGUCGAAGAGCCACGUGAAAUGGCGGAAUUUGCAGGCAAAACAAUUGUCAAGGUAGUCUGUGGAAUUAAUCACACACUCGCUCUAACCGAUGAAGGAAAAGUCUAUGGCUGGGGUUUGAACAGUUAUAAACAAUUGGAUCUGAAUAACGGUGAUGACAUUUUGUCUCCUAUCAUGAUAAAUGUAGCUAAUGUAAAAAAAGUAUCGGACAUCGCCGUCAUUGGUUCCCAAAAUUUUGUCAAGUCUAACGAGGAUGGACUUGUGUAUACAUGGGGUUGUAUUUUUGAAAUAACAUUUAAAAAACCUGCCAUAUUUGAAUAUACGAACGUGUUUGACAUAUCCAACUCGGUGAUAGGUCAAUCGCCAAUAUCCGUGACUCGUGAAUUCAUAAAUGAAGAAUUUGACAUCCUAAACGAUUUGGAAACUGCAUUCAACGAUCCAUCAACGAGUGAUCUCACGAUAAUAGUCGAGAAACAAUCAAUUUAUGUUCACAAAGCUAUCUUGAAGAUUCGUUCUGUAUAUUUUAGAAGUAUGCUCCAAACUAAUUUUGUUGAAAAUAGUCAAAGCAUCAUCGAAACCCAUUAUUAUAGGUAUGUCGUUUAUAAAAAAUUUUUAGAAUAUUUAUAUACCGGUGGGAUCAAUCUAUCACCUUUUGAGGACCUGUUAGAUCUUUUCGAACUGGCAGAUGAAGUCUGCCUCAAAAAACUCCAGAUAGAUUGUAUAGAAACAAUAAAAAAAACAAUUACUAUAUCAAACGUCAUACAACUCUUUAACCUUAUCAACAAAAUGGCGGAAUAUUACAAAAAGGAAUUAAUGAAAUAUUGUUUCAACUUCUAUUUUAAAAACAUGACGAAUGUAAUACGGACAGAAAGUUUUCAACAAUUGGAUGCCGAAACAAAGGCUAUGUUUAUAAAGAAAGGGGAAGAUUUUUUUUCAUCAGAAAUUAAUAGAUCUGUUUAUUGA